AUGAGGAGGGGCCUUGCGAGGAAGCGGUGGGAAGAAGGGCACGACACUGAACUUGAAGAGGACGGCGUUGAGGAAGGGGUGAAGACCCUUUGGAAGCGGGAAAACGAGAAAGAAGGAGUUGUUUUGGGUGGAAAGCCGACGGUGGGUGGCUGCGAGGUUGAUGGAAGCUCAUCGCGACCGUCCCCGCUCUCCUCCUCGUCGUCUCUUGAUGGAACGCAGGGCGGCCGUCCAUGCUGGCCGCAGAGCCCAUGGUUAUCUUCAGUCGGGAGCAGAAAAAAAAAAGGCGGCGAGGAAGCCGCCGCCGGUGCCGGGAACCGCUUCGAAGUCAUCGCAGAGGAAUCUAUCAAUGCCGCGAUGCGGGACCAAGAGGUGAAGCGCCGGGUCAUGGACGAGGCGCACACGGUGGAGUCUGGCGCUCGGCACAGGCUAGAGAUGGCGAAAAGCACCAAGAACGACAUAUACGAACGGCUGCAAGGCUGCUGGCAGCGGUGCCUCGAACCCACGAAGCUGGAGCUACACCGGCUGGAGAAAAUGUUGGACGACUGCUCCGACGUCUUGCCCACCGCCGAGGAGAGCGCCAGGAGGGCGAGAGACGUGGCCCGCAGCGCCGAGAACAUCUACGCCCUGGUGCGCCACAGCGCGUCCCACGCGAAGCAGGCGCACGAGUCCGCCCGAGAGGAAGUCCUCUUCCCCCCGCUACUCUGCGACGACUACGGAGCGCUCUUGAGAGCGCAGCACCGCACCCGGGAGGCGCUCGCGAAGGCCAUCCAAUCCGUGAAGAACGCCCGGGGGCAGGUGGAGGGGGCGAGGGCGGCGGUCAAAAACGCGGUGGAGAUUGUGGGCGUUGAGCCGUUUAGACGGGCCUUCUUGGCCGACAAAGUCGCCGAGGCCAAGCGCCGGCACAAGGAGGUCAAUACCAACUACGAGGCCCUCGAGGUUGAGCGCAAGCGGGCCGUAAACAAGGAAAAGAAGGCGGCGGCAACGUACAAGGAGGCCGCGAUUCGGGAUGGCGCAGCCAUGAUCGCGUUUCAGGCCGCUCAGCGCCAAACAGCGAGAACCCGCGCUACUUUCAGCCUGCUGACUUGCGGGCGGGGUGGGAGCAAGCGUGGCGAAGCGGAAAGGUUCCUGGUGCGGGAGGGGGGGGAGGAGGAGGAGGAGGUGGUGGUGAAGGAGGAGGAGGAGGAGGAGG